UCUCUCUCUCUCUCUCCCCGACCGCUUCCCGAAUUUUUCUGCCUAUUCUUUCUUUGUUUCUUCUUCCCCCUUUCGCCUUCCCCCUCUUUCCUGAUUCCCCACCUCCUCCCUCGCCGCCGCCGCCGCCGCUGACUCCCACCGCGACCGCCUCCCCCGCCGGCGCGGUUUCGGAGGAGGCCCGGCGCCUGCAGGAGGAGGAGGGAGGGAGGGAAGGAGGGCCUGGCCCGCCUCCGCCGCCGCUGCCUCGUGCGGUUCCCGACGCCGGCCGUACUGCGCAGCGCUCGCCCACGCCGCGCGCGCCGCGGUGGGGCAUGGUGGUGAGGUGGGAGGGAGGGAGCUGGGGGUGUUGAGGCGGAGGGGGAGGAGGAGGAGGAGGAGGUGUGGUUAGUGCGACGGAUGGCCGCGGACGAUGCCGCGCGGAGCAGCAGAAGGAUGGAUCUGAACCUCUACCUCGGCCUCCCCCGCGCCCCGCGCCUGCGCCGCCCCGAUCUCGGCUCCGACCUCGCGCUCGGCACCCCGAUGCUCUCCUCCUCGCCUUCCUCCUCGGCGGCCUCGGCCGACGCGCCGCCGCUGGAGACGGAGCCGCUCCACCCGCCGUACUCACCGCCCCCCGCCGAGCUUGUGCGCCCCCCGACACCUCUGCCCGAGCCGUACGACCCGUCGGCUCCCGAGGCGCACCCGCCCUACGUGCCGCCUCCCGUGCCGCCCCCGGAGGCGAUACCUGAGCUCGCUGACGACCUUGAGUUCGGCUUCUCCCACCCGCCGCUUCUGCUGCGGCCCAGCGAGCUGCUUGGGUGGGUAGACCGGCCAUCGUCGUCGACGGCCUCCUCUUCCUUCCGCCCGGAGCGUGUCGACCGCUACCGUCCCCCCGUGAUCUGCCUGAAUAGCCGCCAGAGUCGCUGCCUCCGUCCAAGACGGUUCAGGUCGGACCUUCCGCCUCUCGGCUCGGAGGCCCCUGCCCUGGAGAACGACGCUGCAGCACAACCGCCACCGCAAGAGCCUAUGCAAGAUACGGUUGAAGAGAACAAGGUGGUCGCCGAUGGCGCUAUCGUGGGUGCCUCAGAGGAGGAGCCAGCCGAACGUGGCAAGAGCGUUGCGAUGUUUGAGUGCAACAUCUGCUUCGAGAUGGCUUCCGAGCCUGUGGUAACUUCGUGUGGACAUCUCUUCUGCUGGCCUUGUUUGUACCAAUGGCUGCAUGUCCACUCAACUCACAAGGAGUGCCCUGUCUGCAAAGGCGAGGUCACUGAAGGGAACAUCACUCCAAUUUACGGGAGAGGGAAUUCGACUUCGGACGCGGAAAAGAAGGUUGCGGAGGAGGGAAAUGUAUCAGGCCCUACAAUCCCACCAAGGCCACAUGGCAAUCGGCUCGAGAGCUUCCGGCAGAAAUUCCACCAUUUGCGCCCGAUUUCUAGAAGGCUUGGCGAGGCACAUGGGAUAUUGUCUUCUUGGAGGCGCAUACUUGAUCAGCAGAUUAUGAAUAGUGUGAGUAGGUUUGAGGGGCCUCCUGAAUCAACUGUCCAGGAAAUGAUUGAUCAUGCUCAUCAUGCUAGCCGUUUAGGUCGAAUUACUACUAGAAUGAGGGCAAGGAGGUUGCAGAGGGAAGCCGAAAACUCUACAUUUGUUGCUUCUUCUGCUGCGGAGAGUGGGCUGCCAGCAAACAGCACAUCGGAUCUGCCUAGGCGUAGCUCAAGUCCAUUUUCCUCGGAAAGAAUUGAUUUAUUGCAACACUUUGUUGACCUUGCAAGCACGGAAAGAUUGGCAAGCGCUGUGAGUGACCUUAGAAGAAUGGUUAGGCCGAGCCCUUAUGGAGCAUCAACUUCAUCAAAUCCACCAAAUCCACCAAAUACCGAGCUGCUGCCAGUUGAUGGGAAUCAUGUUGCCGUUGCACUAGCUGCAGAUCAAGCUUCCAAUUCAAGCACCAUGGCUGUAAUUCAGGAGGAUGCUGCUUUUACUGAAAGCACAGGGGAACCAAGUAAUGCAGGGUCUUCGAGAUCCCUGAGGAGGAGAGGAAGAAAUGAUGCCUUAGGUUCUUUGGAUGUGGAUGGUGUGGGACUACACCGGAACAAGAGAAGGCGGCUGAACUGAGGCUCUCGGGCUGCAACUGCUCGUCUAAUUUUCUUGGUUUGCUGUUCUCAGUUAGCCCUUUUCUCUCUUCGGGGACGUAUCUUCUGGUUGUGAUAUAAAAUUCUCUCUUCUACUUGUUUAUUAGGUGCUGCUGAGUUCAUUGCAAAUGUAUUCCUUCGGAGUCCCGACCUGUUUAAUUUAUAUGCUUUUCCACGAGGCAUGUAUACUAAGGAAAGUGAGGGAUUGUCAUCAGGUGAAUUUACUGGAUUGUAAAUUGCCUAUGCAAAUGUAUUAGAUGGAAAUGAUCUUGAGGUCAAAUAAUACAUUGACACCUGAAUCUCAUUUGUUGAUA